GUGUGUGAUGUAGCGUGUAUAUACCUGUAGGAUAGCGGCAUUUCCUUUACUCCAAUCCACUGGUUUACCUGGCCAACUUAUAAGAGUUGUUGCUUAGGUCAAUAAUUGGGACUAACUAAUCGUUUGGACUUCGAACUUUGUACCCUGACCGUAUUUCGUCAUCACCACUACUUUAAGGCACCUGGAAAUGCCAAGGAAGCAAUUUCUAGUAAAAUACUCGACUUUGAUCCGAUGAAUCAAACAUAAAAAUACAAUUUCUAUUGGGUAUAUAAAUAACAAAAACGCUACCUCACAUCAGUCGUAGCCGGACAGAUAACGAUCUAGAUCACUACUAGUCUAGGAACAUAGGAAUGGCGGGGUUUGCAGUCAUCAGUAUACGAAUUGUCUUGAUUUUUGCCGUAUGUUGCCAUGCCGAGGACCGAGAAAGAGCCACGUUCAAGGCGGCGGUGUAUGAGCAUGCCGUCAUUCUUUCUGACGUCCGGCACGAGAAUGCAUCCGUUUCCAGGGCGACGGCUCUUCGACACAUGAUGAGGAACCUGGACAUAUACCGAAAUCAGGCGGAAAUAGCCGCACGCCAGGGUGUGGAUAUCAUGGUUUUUCCGGAAGAUGGAAUUUACGGUAUGGGAUUCACCAGGAAAGCAUUGACCGCCUAUCUUGAGUAUAUCCCAGACCCAAAGAACGAGUCAUGGAGCGCAUGCUCAGAACCGAAUCGAUACCCUAACACAGACGUACAGCGUUUCCUAAGUUGCCUGGCAAAAAACAACUCGAUGUUCCUCGUAGCAAACUUCGGCGAUAAACAACCUUGUUCUAAAGAUACACAUCCCAGUUGCCCUAGCGACGGUCAUUUCCAGUUCAACACCGACGUAGUGUACAAUACAGACGGUACCCUAAUAGCCAAAUACCACAAGGUAAAUCUCUUCUUCGAGUACCAGUUUGACUUUCCGCCAGUCACCGAAGUUGUGACAUUCAACACACCUUUCGGAUUAUUUGGCAUCUUUACCUGUUUUGAUAUCAUUUUCCAUGACCCUGCAAUUGACCUGAUUAAUCUUGGUGUCAAAAACAUCGUAUUUCCAACUGCCUGGAUGGACGCACUACCUCUGUUGGGGGCCGUUCAGUUCCACUCUGCCUUCGCAAGAGGUAUGGGCCUCAACUUCCUUUCCGCCAACAUAAAUUGGCCACUGAUGCGGUUCCAUGGAAGUGGUAUUUACACCCCUGAUGGGGUCCUGACUUACUACUACAACGACAGACAACAAAUGGGGCAGCUUCUCAUAUCAGAUGUACCUGUGAUUAGAUCUGAGACCCCUGGCACUCUUCCACUUACAUCUGACAAAGACGCGUCAUCAACGAUACAAUGGCAGCAUAUUCCAAUGGUUCUUUUACCACCUCAAGACAAUACAAUUUACAUUGGAAAGCGAGCAGCGUCCACAUUCUCAUCCUUUGUCUUCCACGACCUUUUCACCUUCAAACUUUUGGAUGACGUUUCUGCUGGUUCGCUUAGCGUCUGUAACAACGUUCUUUGUUGUUACCUUGACUACGAUCGAGAUAUGGUCAUCGGAGACGUUUAUGCAUUUGGGGCGUUUGACGGACUACACACGUACCAGGGAUCUUACUACAUGCAGGUAUGUACGCUCCUUAGGUGCCAGGGGCUAACCAAGUCAUCAUGCGGGAGAGCAACGACUGAGGCGAAAACACACUUUCGGAAUAUGAGAAUAUCAGGAAAUUUCUCCAGCCCGUACGUGUUCCCUGAGGUCCUCACCUAUCAGAACGGUUCUUUGGCCGUCCCACUCCACCACACAUGGACUUACACCCCGUCUGUCCUGUCUGUGGACACGGGGUUUCUGGAUCCUGUAGUGUCUGCUGGUUUGUUUGGCAGAGUCUACACCAAGAUGGAUACCAAUGGGCACGAUGAGGCCGAAGUUUCUCGUCAAAACAAUUGAACGUUCAUCCAUACCGGCAUUGCUUCUAUUAAAAUAUCUCUGCAAUAGAUCGUUUAUCAGUGUGUUUCUUGCAAUAAAGAGUU